CUGUCUUAGAACUAUUCUAGCCCGAGCGGUCUGCUCCAAGGUCCCAGGAUUAUCUUAGUUGUUAUUUUUUUUGUGUACUGUCAUUUUUGUCGUUUUUUUUGAGCUCUUAUCAUCAUCUUCAAAAAUACCAUUCAGCGCUAAAAUUAUUUUUAAUAUAAAUUUUAUCCACGUCAUUAAGUAGAUUAAUUUUUCUGAUGCGUAAUUAUAUCUAACUUAAUUUGAUGAUGUAAUUAUUUGUGAUAUAAAAAUUUAGAAAAUUGGAACAUAUGAUAGAUUCGAAUCAGCCGUAAAAUCGAGGAUUUCACUAUUCUUGCUCGUGUGUAAAACAAUUUUACAAAAAUGAUAAUAGAAAGUUUUGUUGUGACAAAUUGUGUUUGGAAUACAAGUUCAGAUCUGAAGAUAUUGUUCGGUGUUUCCUCUAUUUUUAUCGGGAUAAUUGGUGGCGUUCUGAACGGGUGGCUGAUAAGUUCCUUCGUUCUGCGGAUAAAAGUUGCAACCUGGACUCAUCUGCUUUUGCUCCAACCAGUUGUGUCCGCUCUGACACGGAUGUUCUUAGCGGGAGUCCCAUUUUCGGCUUCCUCUGCUUUUAACGGAGGGUGGCUUUUUGGCGAUUCUUGUUGUCAGCUGUAUGCAUUUUUGCGUCAUUUCUGUGAUUCCCUUCAAGUCAACUCGAUUGCUUUUUUGGCACUUGAACGCUAUUUAAUCUCUGUUUGGCCUUUUGUCGGUAAAAAAUUGUAUUUGGUCGGGAUUUCCGGAUGCUGGAUGGUGUCUCUCCUCCUCGCGUCACUUCCAUUAUUUGGAGUCGGGAGGUACGGAUGCGAUUUCAUCGGGGUGGCUUGCAGUCUGGACUGGUUCUCAAAGACGGACCUGCAGUACAAGUACAAUAUAGUUUCUUUUUUCCUCAUAUACAUCGCACCAAUUUUUAUUGUAGCUGGAAGUUUAUGGAGAGCAUUCUCCCAUUCAGGUUCGGUGAUGUUUAUGGGCCACUUCGACGAAAUAUCAUUCAACAAGACGGCCGCUGCCUUGUCUGCUGGUACGCUGCUCCUGUGGUCGCCCCAGAUUCUUUUGGUGGCCACGGCUCUCUUCCAGCUUGGUGUAGUUCCGGACUAUCUCACAAUCAUAGCACCAGUGAGCAUGGAGUUAUCUUCACUCAUGCCUUUGAUUGCUUUUUUGCUGUAUGAACCGCGUCUCAGGGCAUCGUUGCUUGGAUCUCCUCAACAUUUACUCAUGAGCUCAUCUGUGGCACGGAACCGAUGUUACAACCGAGGCAUUCGUCUUAUUCCGAUUCCAAGGGCGGUCGAAAUCAGGUAGCACAUAACCUCCCUCUGAAAUGUUGUGCCCAGCGGCAUUUUUAUCGUCAGGUAAUAAUACAAUUGACAGACAUCCGACUUUAUGCUGAAAAUGUAUCCUUUCACAGAAUAAAUGAUAAUAUCAAAUUAAUGGUAGUGUUGUAGAAAUGCACAUCUUGAAGGCUGAGACACAAGGGGAUAGGGACAUCCCCUGGCAUACUACAAUUAGUAUCGGCUUGGCUCGAAAAUUCUUUGGGUGAUGAUACGUUUUUAGGGCCCCUAAGUGGUUGCAAUAAAUUGCGAUCAUAUGGUAAACUUUUUACUGCAAUCUGAUUGUUGCAUAUGUAGCCUAUCUAAUAAUUGAAGGGGCUCCUCCCGUUGUUUACUGCAAGAACAUGGAAAUAAGUUUAAAUUUUUCUUCAGGUAGGUACAUUGUACAUAGCCUAUCUUUUCGAUACAUGAAAUUAUCAGGUUGGUCGUUUAAAUCGUUGAUGAAAUGGUGUAAAAAUAUUGAAAUUUUACGAUGGAAAUAAAAAUUCCCUGAUCAUCGAUUUU